CCAGAAGAAAAUUAUUAAAGCUCUCAACUACUUGGAGAACGCUCAUAUAUAAAUAAACAACUCUACUUGAAGCGUCUUGAAACCAUGACUCUAGACUUCUCGCACUACGGCGGUCCCUCGGAGGAAUGGCUAGCCCUUGCAAAGACACUCCCCCCGAUGGCGUGGGACCCGACUCUAGACCCUAAGAUCCUCAGAGAUUCCGUGAACGCCGAAAGAGAUGCCAGAACGGCUUCAGUGAUGAAAGACUUGCUGCCGCACGUUCAAAUGACCGACUAUACCAUUCCGACACGCGAUGGUUCGACAAUCGAAGCUCGAAGCUAUCGCUCUGUCAAGAAAGAUGGUGCUGAGAAACUGCCUGUGUACCUCUACUUCCACGGCGGAGGAUUCAUUUUCGGAUCCCUGGCUAGCGAAGACUUCACUUGCGCGCAGACGGCAAUCAAGACUGGCGUUGUGGUGUUCAACGUGAACUAUCGCCACACGCCCGAGCAUACGUUCCCCACUGCGUGGUACGACUCGCAAGACGCCUUUGCUUGGCUACACAAGAAUAUCGACACCAUCGGUGGCGACUCUUCCAAGGUCGUGGUGGGCGGCGUUUCUGCCGGCGGUCAACUAUCCGCAUCUCUCGUCCUGGAAAAGCACCUUGGCAAGAGCGAAGUUAUGAAGGGUCUUCCAGACCUCGCCGGUCAGAUUCUUAUCAUCCCAUGCCUCGCCAGUCUCGAAACCUACGAUGAAGGCCCUGGUAAGAAGCUCAAGGUGUCUUCGUACGUCGAGAAUGAGAAUGCCCCAGUCUUGGGAAAGAAGACUGUUGAGUUCUUCAGUGCGCUGCUCAAAGCACCUAAGCCGGAACUCAAAGACACGAAGCUCAACAUCGUGAACUAUACGGCGGAUGAGGUGAGAGGCCUUCCGCCCACAGUAUUCGGCAUCGCUGGUUUGGAUCCCCUGCGAGAUGAAGCGUUGCUGUACGCCAAAUUACUUGCGGAGACGAAUGUUCCGACGGAGAUCACAGUGUUCAAGGGUGUGCCACAUGGACAUAGGAGGUAUGGCAAGGCACUGAAGGCUUCCGACCACUGGGAUGAGUGUGUCGACGAGGGAAUAUCAUGGGUGUUAUCGAAGCCGGCGUCCACAGGAAAGUUCACUGUAAAGGUACCUUAGUCAUGAGAAUGCACAAUGAGGACACACGCCGAUAUGGUGUAUAGACA